CACGCCGGGUUUUGCUCCGAAAGCACCUUGGGUGCAACGUAGCCGCGCGCGCCCAUCGAUCGCGCGAGUUCUCCCCGUGGCCGGUCCUCGGUCUCUGAGAGAGGAAGGGAACACCCGAGAGGUUGGGCCUGCCUCCAGAGACUGCCGGGAGGUCGAAGGAAACGGACCAAUCGAAUGCCAGAUCCGGGUCACGGGUUUCGUCGUCACGUGGUUCCGCGACGCGCUAUUGGCUGGGCUCUUAGUGGUAGUGCGAUCGGCCCGUUGAUCGCCUGAUUUUGACGUUUCGUUCUUUUAUUUUUAUUUUUUUAUCUUGUUGACGUUACGAGUGCGAGCAAUUGGGGCCGGACGCAAUUCCGGAGACAAUUUUGCAAUAUUGUCCCGAUCAGCCGUGAACGAUCGGUCUGCUCGUCGUUGGGUCCCUGCAAUUCCGCUAUUUUUACGCGAGAACUUGAAUGCCUCCUGGUGAACUCGUAAAAAUGUGGCUGAAGGACAUUAGCGACGAUGCCUUGCCAGCAGCCGAAUUCGCUAAUUCGCGACGCAGCGUCCCACACGAAAUAUUCGUCAACAGAAGUCUGCAUUUGGAGAACAUCAAAUUCUAUGGAUUCGAUAUGGAUUAUACAUUAGCUGAGUACAAGUCGCCGCAGUACGAACAGCUUGGCUUUAAUUUACUGAAGGACCGUCUAGUAUCAUUGGGAUAUCCUCAUGAAAUAAAAGCGUUCGAGUACGAUCCUAGUUUCCCCGUCAGAGGAUUAUGGUUCGAUACUCUUUAUGGGAACCUUUUGAAAGUCGAUGCCUACGGAAACAUUUUGGUCUGCGUGCACGGAUUUGAGUUUUUAAAACACUCCCACAUAUAUGAACUUUAUCCCAAUAAAUUCUUACAAUUGGACGAGUCCCGAGUGUACGUCCUCAAUACUCUGUUCAAUCUACCGGAGACUUACCUGUUAGCCUGUUUAAUCGACUUCUUCACAAACUCGCCGCAGUAUACUCGCGAAAAGACCGGAGUUAAAGAAGGAGAGCUCACUAUGAGCUUCAACAGCAUCUUCCAAGAUGUGAGAAACGCCGUAGAUUGGAUACAUAUCCAGGGGGAUUUGAAGAGCAAGACGAUCGAAAAUCUGGAUGAAUACGUUAAGAAGGACGAGAGAUUGCCGAUGUUCCUCACUAGGAUAAGAGAAAGCGGCGCUAAGGUCUUUUUACUCACCAACAGCGACUACGUAUUCACCGACAAAAUUAUGACGUAUCUCUUCGACUUCCCACACGGUGCCAGACCCGACGAGCCUCAUCGAAACUGGAAAACCUACUUCGAUACUAUCGUGGUAGAUGCCUCGAAACCAUUGUUCUUCGGCGAAGGCACGAUCUUGAGGCAGGUCGAUACCAGAACAGGAGCUCUAAAAUUAGGAACACACAAAGGACCCCUACAUACGGGUGAAGUCUAUUCCGGAGGAUCCUGCGAUGUCUUUACCGAACUGAUAGGAGCCAAGGGCAAGGAUGUUUUAUACGUCGGUGAUCAUAUAUUUGGUGAUAUUUUAAAAAGCAAGAAGAUUCGGGGCUGGAGGACAUUUCUAAUCGUUCCCGAACUGGUCCAAGAACUCCACGUUUGGACCGACAAGUGCCAACUGUUUGCCGAGCUACAAAAUUUAGAUGUUAUGCUAGGAGAAAUGUAUAAAAAUCUAGAUAGCAGCACGAAAGAAAAGCCUGAUAUCUCAAAACUGAGGGCAUCCAUCAGGGAUGUUACGCACAAAAUGGACUUGGCUUAUGGAAUGAUGGGAUCCCUGUUUCGCAGUGGCAGUCGGCAAACAUUCUUUAGCAGUCAAGUCGUCAGGUAUGCCGAUUUGUAUGCGGCUACUUUCCUCAACCUGAUUUACUAUCCGUUCUCAUACAUGUUCAGAGCACCGGCUAUGCUAAUGCCGCAUGAAAGCACCGUGGCUCAUGAACAAAGAUUCGUCAUGGAGACGCCGAUGAUCAGUCGCUCUCGAACUUUCAAACUUGCCGAGGAAGAUGACGUUCAAUGCCGCCCCGUUACGGGCACAUUGGAGGUAGAUCAUUCCAAUACGCAGAUUCCACACGCAAGACCGGAAACGCCACGAAAUGUGACGCACACCCACGACGAAGACUGCAGCGACGACGACAGUGAUUCUCAGAAGCAUGGAAGCCACGUGAAAUCAUGUUCAAGAAAGUGCAAGAAGAACAUGAUUUCAAACUGAUGAAACGAGCAAGGUGUGCUAGAUGGUGUUAUUUUAUGGUUAUGUCAAAUACUAAGACGUUUCUUCACCAGCGUGAAUGAGUAUGCAUCGAAUUACAGGAACAUGACAAUCAGGGGUGUUGUUAUUUGUACAUUAUUUUGCGUUAAAGUAACCGCCCUGAAUUUCAUGUUUAUUCCAGUCUACGGUCAGUGUCAAUUUCAGAGGACACUGCGUUAAAGUUUCCACAGCUAUUUCACAUUAUUCAGCAAGGGCUGCAAGAGACAAACAGAAAUAUAGAUUGAGUACAAGAAAAUAGCCAGGCAGCAAUACAAUUCUAAUUUUAAGUACGUCCUUUUGAUUGGGAUGAUGUAAGCCGUCAUCUUUGUCAAUCGAGAUGUGUACGUUAUAUAUCUACGCAAACACGUAUAAAAUGCAGUUAAAAAUUUCCAAGUAAAAGUAAGGAUCAAAGUUGUCGUUAUUUAAUACAAUCGGAUUGUAAGUUUUCUAGGAAAAGUGUAGCUAUUAUCUUUACAUGCGGCUAUUGAAAGGGUUCAUUCUUGAUUUAGUCUUGCAUGUACUUGGAACUAUCUGUAAUUUUCGCACAACUUAACGAUAGAAUAUGACUUCCGAUUUUCACUUCAACUAUAGCAUGUACGUUAACUUCUGAAUAAUGUAACAAGUCGUAACGUACAUUCACCAGUGGUUUAACAAAUUACAGCCCCUGACGGCAACGCGUUGAAGAUUCUAGGAUACUUAAGAAAAAGUGCUUUUGGUGCCGUUGUAAAUUUCAGCAGCAUUUCAAGUGAGAUUGUGCUCUAGGCUAGUCUUUUUACAUGAAACUAUUUGAAUACCAUUCAAGAGGAAUCAAAGGAGAAAGUAAACGCGAGCAUCAAAGUAGAUAACAGAUAAGAUUUUGGACAUAUUAGCUACAUGAUCUUUGCUAUAGUAUGCGUGUUGAUUCCGUCGAUCCCUCGGUUCAAUAGAGCUUUCAAUUAUGAACAGACUGUAUGUACAUACUUGUUACAUGUGAGUAUGGAUCAAGUGACAUCACAUACAAAAACGUGGAUAAAAAUGUUACUUAUUCCACAUAAUAGGAUAUAAAAGAGGUAGGAUAAAUAUUUGCAUGAACAUAUUGAUUGCAGGUGAUUUACAUGCAUGAUACGAGAGUAAAUGCAGUUAUUCUAUAUUGCGUUGUAUAAAAUGUUACGUACACAUUGUAUAGAAAUUGGUUUUAUUUUGAAUAAAUUAAUAUAUUCUAACACGA